CCCGCGGCGCGCGCCGCUCUUGGGGGCUCCGCGGCCCAGUUCCCAGGUCCCUCCCCCCUUGGCGCGCAUAUCCCGCUAGGGCAGCGCGAGCCCCAGAGCCGGCCGGCCCGGCAGCCCGUCCCGCGUAAGUGCAAAGGCUCCCCGGCCCCAGGCCCGGGCUCCCAGGAGGCCUGCAUGGAGCCCGAGCGCUGCCUGCCUUACGGCGCGGGUCCCGGUGCUUACCCAGCAGCUGCCGACAAGCCCCCAGGACCUCCGCCUCACCUGCACCCAGCUCCGCUCCCCGGGCCGCGGAUUGCUCGCUACGCGACGGCCUGCGGAACCCUGGAGCCCUAUUCCCCGGAGGCGGCCAAGCCCCCAGCCAAGUACCUGCAGGAACCCGGGCCUGGGCCAGCCCUCAACGGCAGGCGCUUUUACGAGACCCCUGCGGAAGCAGAAGAGAAGGUCUCCAAAGUCACCAGCUACCCCCCACUGCCUCUAGACUGUCCAGAAGGCCCCUUGGAGGGACCCCCAGAGCUGAGAGGCUCCCCAACACCCUGCCUGGCCAGGCUCCGGGGACCUCUGAGCCCCCAGCUCACUGACUCAAUGGAACUGCCCAAAAGCAAAAACAAGAAACGGAGAAACCGAACUACGUUCAGCACCUUCCAGCUAGAAGAGCUGGAGAAGGUUUUCCAGAAGACCCAUUAUCCUGAUGUGUAUGCAAGAGAACAGCUGGCCCUUAGGACCGACCUGACCGAAGCCCGGGUACAGGUCUGGUUCCAGAACCGAAGAGCCAAAUGGAGGAAACGGGAGAGAUAUGGGAAGAUCCAGGAGGUGAGGAACCCCUUCACAGCCACCUAUGACAUUUCAGUGCUGCCCAGGACAGACAGCUACCCCCAGCUGCAGAGCAACCUGUGGUCCAGUCCAGGGUCAGGGAGCCCGGGGGGCCCCUGUCUGAUGUCCCCAGAGGGGAUUCCAUCCCCAUGCACGUCACCGUACUCCCAUUCCCAUAGCAAUGUGGCUGGCUUCAUGGGUGUGCCAGCCUCCCCGGGACCUCCCCCAGGCAUCUAUUCCAUCCAUGGAUUCUCCCCAGCUCUGGGGGGGCACAGCUUUGAGACAGCCCCUGAUGGUGACUACAAGUCUCCCAGCCUGGUCUCAUUGAGGAUGAAGUCCAAAGAGCCACCUACCCUCCUCAACUGGACCACGUGAUCAGGCCACCCCAAGACUGGACUGCUCCCUGCUUGGACUGCCCUAAAGACCUUCCUCAUCAGAUGCAGCCAAUCCUUGCUUUUAAUCUAACCCCCACCCUCAACCCCCAUAUACAGGAGAGGGAUAAUUUAUGCCUCUAUUAAUUUCUAGACAGCAGAGAGGGCACAUCACCUACCCCUGGUCUGCCACUCCCUCACCCAACCUACCCCCCAGACAGAGAACAGCUGUGCCCACCCCAAGUCUGGCAGCAAACUGCAGUUUCCUUCCUUCUUUUCUUCCUUCCCUUCUUUACUUCCUUCCUCUUUUCCUCCCUCCUUCCCUCUCUCCUUCCUUCCUUUCCUUUUUUUUUUUUUUGCUUUUUCUUUUUUUCCCAGGUAGCUCCAAAGAGAGAAUAGGAGUUUUCCACCUGUCUAGGAAUAUCAAUAGCUGCCUGGUCCCCUUGCCCAUUUUUCUAGACUGCUCCCCAUCUCCCUGGUUCUGGGGGAGAUGCAGGAAACAACUGCUUGCCCUCCUCUGAGGCUUUGCAUCAUUCAACCUGCAACCUCCCCGAUGCAGAAGUCCUGGCUUCAGGUAGAGUUGGGGCCCCAGGUAGAUGAGGUAAGAGCUAGGUUGGCGAAUGCUAUAGAAUAUUAAGAAUUUCCUCCAUCAAAAGUGAGGAACAAGAGGAAGGGGAGGAGCUGCUGAGCUCCAGUUGAGGAAUAGCAUUAAAAGAAUAAGACAGUAGGCAGCCAGGCUAGCACCCGUGGUCCUUCCCACUGUGCCAGUGACCCUAUCAAUGCCCUUUACACCUUCCUGAGUGAUUUCACGUACUUCCUCCUGCGUGACUUUCAAAGCCAUAGUAAGAAGGGUGCUCCGCUCUAACAGGUGGACCUGCUCCAUGUUUUCUGAUGGCAGCACAAGGCUUUAAGGCUGGCAGAGACCACAGAGGUCCUUUAGUACAAUCCUUGGUUUUACAGAUGAGGAAAAAGAGGCUUAAGUAAAGAAGGUUAAAUGGCUUGCCCAUGGUCACCGUGGUAAUAACUCUGUUGAGUUAGGAUUUGAACCCAGAUCCUCUCUAGGUCUUCUCAUACCAUUCCAUUGAGGAUGGGCAUAACUAUUUUCCAACCCCAAAAGGUUUCUUACACCCACUCCCAGUCCACAGCAGGAGAAGGGAGAGUAAGGAGGAACCUGUGAAAUGGGAUGGGAUGGCAUAGGGGUGGGACAGGUGGGGAGGCAGCUGAGAUGAUCACUAAUGAGGCUUAAUGGCAUGAUCCAUUAAUAAUUAAUUAAUGAUCCUUAAUGGCAUAAGGUCCAAAUCCUUAGUUGAUAGAGUGGGAACCACAGCCUAAAAAUCUUCAAGGAUGAAGAAAAGAAUUUCAUGAUGUUGAGUUUUCCUCACCCCCAUUCUCAAAGCUCCUGGGCUCUGCUCCCUCCCAGAGGAAUAGAUGUGGCAUUUGGGGAGGCUUUUCCUCUGGGCCCUACAUCCCUCCAUGCCUGAGCCCACUUUCCCCAUUAGUCUGUGGAAUCAUCUCCUGGCUCCCCAAGGAACUGAAAUUCCAAAAGAAAUCACCAAAUAUGGCAGUUUUGGUGAGCCCUCCCAUGGUUUAGGUCCAGAGCUAUCACAGAGCUGUGCCUGGCUGUUGCCAUGGGAACACCAAUGGUUUCCAAACCCCCUCCUCCCACACCCUGGAACCAUUAGUUGGAUCCUCAGUAAAGAAGAGCUGUGACCCAAUUCAUCUAUGGUCUCCCCAUCAGGGGACACCAAAUAAAUGUUGAUCCCAUGAUAUUCUAACCACUCUUAUUUUGGAAAAAAAAUACAUCUGCAAAGAUUUUGUCAUUUGUCAUAAACAAUAAAGGGCUUUCUUUUUUUCCUUC